AUGGCUUUCGCUUUCGCUGGAAUUAUCUCCGCACAACAACUGGCCGACGUUUUACCUAUUGGUAUCGCCAUCAUCAACGACAAAAAUGAAUUGAUAUCUGUCAACUGCCAUUUACGAGCGCUGAUAAACAUUUCUGGCGUGAAAUUCUCUGAAUGCUGGUUGCGAUCAAUUCACUUAGACGACGUUGAUCGGGUGGCCAACGCAUAUCAUGAGACUACGGCUUCCAAAAAAACCCUGUGCAUCGAUUAUCGCACCCGCGAUCCUGACCACCUGUGGCGCUCACGGAUAUCACCGCAGAAAAGCAGGCUGAGCAGUCAGAAAGACAUCGCACAUGAAGCGCAGGAACGCAAGCAGCAACAAGAACGCUUUAUUGACAUGAUCAGUCACGAAAUUCGAAACCCUCUCUCUGCGAUCUUGCAUUGCACUGAGGAUAUUCUCGAAGCGGUUCGCGGCCAGGAAGAAAAAAAGACCUUAGUAUCCGAUAUCACCGAAGCAGCAGAGACCAUUAGCCUCUGUGUUGCGCAUCAAGAGAAAAUAGUAAACGUUGUUCUUACGUUUUCCAAGCUUGACGCAUCCAUGUUGGCGCUGUCACCGCGAAGGCGCCAGCCAAAACGGCAUUUUGCAGCCCCACUGGCCAUAUUUCGCCCCGAGCUUCGGAAGCAAAGCAUCCAUUUCGAGUACAAACUCGAUCUUUCUUAUGGUGAAUGUGAAAUUGAUUGGGUCAUGGCGGAUCUUGAUCGGAUAAGCCAGGUUCCCAUCAAUCUUCUUUCAAAUGCCAUUAAAUUCACCGCUAACUCGGAGAAUGAGCGCAUUGUUCGAGUUUCAAUGGGAGCUUCGGUAGGGCGACCAUCAUCCUACCCACCGAAUGUCGUCUUUUUUGACUCAGAUGAGGCCGCAUUGCGUUUGGAUGCGACCAACACUAAAGAUUGGGGAGAGGGCCAAGCAGUGUACAUCAUGAUCGCCGUGCACGACACGGGCAUUGGGAUCUCAGACGAGGCCCAGAGGCGGCUGUUUCAACGUUUUAGCCAAGCAACUCCCAGGACAGAGAGCAAAUAUGGUGGUUCUGGUCUUGGUCUCAAUGUCAGCAGAAAGCUGUGCCACCUACAUGGAGGAGAAAUUGGCGUGAGCUCCAAGGAAGGACAGGGAAGCACAUUUGGCUUCUUUUUCAAAGUGCGUCGAAGUUUUGAGGCACGCGAUGACGUGUCUGGCAGAUAUCAUGGCACUGAAGUCGAUAAAUUAUGUAACAACAUUCAAGCGCUGGGGAAGGAAGUGACCGGUUCUGGUCCAUUAGCUAGAGGACCCGAGGUCUUAGAAAACCCCGUUAUGACUCGCGUCGAAGAGGUGAACCCAGACAACACAAACGAUGAGAGAACGGAUCACACAACCGAAAUGGCUCGCCAGGCCACCGAAGCAUGUACUGCAAACAACCAACAAAUACCGUCGGCUGGUCGUGAUGAGGGAACCCCAAGUCGACAUAUCCUUUUGGUCGAAGACAAUGCCAUCAACAGGCGAAUCAUUUCGCGCAAGUUGAAAGCUUCAGGGUUCUGCGUUUCAGAAGCGGAAAACGGCCAAGAAGCUUUGGAUUAUGUCGAACACGUUACAUUUGACUGCAUACUUAUGGACCAAGAGAUGCCUUUAAUGGAUGGCAACUCGGCGACAAGGGCAAUUCGCGAUCGUGAGAAGAAAUUUGAGGCACACAUUCCUGUCCUAGGUGUGACAGCGAAUGUCAGAGAGGCACAGCAAAGCGAAAUGCUGGACGCUGGAAUGGAUGAUAUCAUACAUAAGCCGUACGGAACGGACGAGAUUGUCCAGAAGAUAAAACAUUUGAUCGCGAACAAAUUGACGCGGUGA